AUGCAGUCAUACGAGAAAAUGGUAGAUUCCUAUCAGAACAUCAGUAUGGGCUGCCGCACCAUGACUAGCCGCCUCAUGGAUCAUCUUGAUAAGAUAUACAUCGUCAAAAUGUUGGAAGCAGUUCGCAAGGCCUUGGGCAGCGAGAAGAUUCAUUUCCAGGGUCUGUCAUAUGGAACCAUAAUUGGUCCUCAGUACGGAUACUAUUAUCCUGAUGCCAACCUGUCUAUGGUGCUUGACGGCAACUUGGAGCACUAUGAAGACGGAACCUCUUGA